AUGUAUGCAGCGGUGGAGCAUGGGCCUGUCCUGUGCAGCGACUCCAACAUCCUCUGCCUGUCCUGGAAGGGCCGCGUCCCCAAGAGCGAGAAGGAGAAGCCUGUGUGCCGCAGGCGCUACUACGAGGAGGGCUGGCUGGCCACAGGCAACGGGCGCGGCGUCGUCGGGGUGACCUUCACCUCCAGCCACUGCCGCCGGGACAGAAACACUCCGCAGAGAAUCAACUUCAACCUGCGGGGCCACAAUAGUGAGGUCGUGCUGGUGAGGUGGAACGAGCCGUACCAGAAGCUGGCCACGUGCGACGCAGACGGCGGAAUAUUCGUGUGGAUCCAGUACGAGGGCCGGUGGUCUGUGGAGCUGGUCAACGACCGAGGGGCCCAGGUGAGCGAUUUCACGUGGAGCCACGAUGGGACGCAAGCACUUAUUUCAUAUCGAGAUGGGUUUGUCCUGGUUGGUUCUGUCAGUGGACAAAGACACUGGUCAUCUGAGAUCAACUUGGAAAGUCAAAUCACCUGUGGCAUAUGGACACCUGAUGACCAGCAGGUACUGUUUGGCACCGCCGAUGGGCAGGUGAUCGUCAUGGACUGCCACGGCCGGAUGCUGGCCCACAUCCUCCUGCACGAGUCAGACGGCAUCCUCAGCAUGUCCUGGAACUACCCCGCCUUCCUGGUGGAGGACAGCAGCGAGAGUGACACCGACUCGGACGACUACUCCCCGCCCCAAGAUGGUCCGGCAGCAUACCCCAUCCCAGUGCAGAACAUCAAGCCCCUGCUCACCGUCAGCUUCACCUCCGGAGACAUCAGCCUGAUGAACAGCUACGACGACUUGUCUCCCACCAUCAUCCAGUCGGGGCUGAAAGAGGUGGUGGCCCAGUGGUGCACGCAGGGAGACCUCCUGGCAGUUGCUGGUAUGGAACGCCCAAGCCAGCUCAGUGACCUCCCCAAUGGCCCUUUUCUGAAGAGUGCCAUGGUCAAGUUCUACAACGUUCGUGGGGAGCACAUCUUUACACUGGAAACGCUUGUGCAACGCCCCAUCGUCUCCAUCUGCUGGGGACACCGGGACUCGCGGCUGCUGAUGGCAUCGGGACCGGCCCUGUACGUGGUGCGUGUGGAACACCGGGUGUCCAGCCUGCAGCUGCUGUGCCAGCAGGCCAUCGCCAGCGCCCUGCGCGAGGACAAGGAUGUCAGCAAGCUGACCCUACCCCCCCGCCUUUGCUCCUACCUCUCCACUGCCUUCAUCCCCACCAUCAAGCCCCCAAUUCCAGACCCCAACAACAUGCGGGACUUCGUCAGCUACCCGUCAGCCGGCAGCGAGCGGCUGCACUGCACCAUGAAGCGCACGGAGGACGACCCGGAGGUGGGCGGCCCAUGCUACACGCUCUACCUGGAGCACCUGGGCGGGCUGGUGCCCAUCCUCAAGGGCCGGCGCGUCAGCAAGCUGCGGCCCGAGUUCGUCAUCAUGGACCCGCGGACAGACGGCCGAUCAGAUGAAAUCUAUGGAAACAGUUUGAUUUCCACCAUGAUCGACAGCUGCAACUGCUCCGACUCCAGCGACAUUGAACUGAGCGACGACUGGGCUGCCAAGAAGUCCCCCAAAGUCUCCCGAGCAAGCAAGUCCCCCAAACUCCCAAGGAUCAACAUUGAGGCGCGGAAGUCCCCCAAGCUGUCACGCGCUGCUCAGGAGCUCUCCCGCUCUCCUCGCUUGCCUAUGCGCAAGCCGUCCAUCGGCUCACCCAGCCUGGCGCGGAGGGAGUUCCCCUUUGAAGACAUCACUCAGCACAACUAUCUCGCUCAGGUCACGUCUAAUAUCUGGGGAACCAAAUUUAAGAUCGUGGGCUUGGCUGCUUUCCUGCCAACCAACCUCGGUGCAGUAAUCUACAAAACCAGCCUCCUGCAUCUCCAGCCGCGGCAGAUGACCAUCUAUCUCCCGGAGGUUCGGAAGAUUUCCAUGGACUACGUUAAUUUACCCGUCUUCAACCCGAAUGUUUUCAGUGAAGAUGAAGAUGACUUGCCAGUGACAGGAGCAUCUGGUGUACCCGAAAACAACCCGCCCUGUACCGUGAACAUCCCCAUCGCCCCCAUCCACAGCUCGGCUCAAGCCAUGUCCCCCACGCAGAGCAUUGGACUGGUACAGUCCCUGCUGGCCAACCAGAAUGUGCAGCUGGAUGUCCUGACCAAUCAGACCACAGCCGUGGGCGGUGCCGAGCACGCGAGUGAUAGUGCCGCCCAGUACCCCGUGUCCAGCCAGUACGCCGUGUCCAGCCGCUACUCCAGCCCAGGCCAGGUGAUCUUCGGAGGCGUGGAGAUGGGCCGUGGCCUCCCCAACCCGCCUCAGCUCUCCCUGCCGCCGCCGGCCCAGGGGGCCAUCCAGCUGUCCAUACUGGACCACAGCGACCGAGACCACGAGCAUCUGCAGAAGCCAACCAAGGCCCUGCGGCCAGUGCCCCAGUUGGCCACUGAGGGGGACGCGGUGGUAUUCAGUGCCCCCCAGGAGGUCCAGGUGGCCAAGAUGAACCCCCCGCCCCCCUACCCCGGAACCAUCCCCGCCGCCCCCACCACGGCGGCGCCGCCGCCCCCGCUGCCACCCCCGCAGCCCCCGGUGGACACGUGCCUGAAGAAGGGUGACUUCUCUCCGUACCCCACAGCGGCGCACUACCAGCCUCCCCUGGGCUACGAGCGGAUCACCACUUUCGACAGCAGCGGCAAUGUGGAGGAGGUGUGCCGGCCCCGGACACGGAUGCUCUGCUCGCAGAACACCUACACGCUGCCCGGCCCAGGCAGCUCGGCCACGCUGAGGCUCACGGCCACCGAGAAGAAGGUCCCACAGCCCUGCACCAGCGCCACCCUGAACCGCCUGACGGUCCCACGCUACUCUAUCCCCCCAGGGGACCCACCGCCCUACCCCGACCUCGCAGGCCCGGUGGUCCCCGGCCGGGGCGCGGGACAGAGGCCUGACGGCGGCCUCAUCCACGCCACGCUGCGCAGGAACAACCGCGAGGUGGCGCUCAGGGCGGCGCAGCUUGGCGAGCCCCCGCGGCCGCCGCCACACCCGCCCAAGCCCAAGGGCGCAGCGCCCUUCCCUGCGCGGCCGCCACCUGCGCUCUACACCUGCAGCCAGUGCAGCGGCGCGGGGGGCGCAGCGGGCCGGCCGGAGCCGGGGGCGCAGCCUGGCCCCGGCCUGGCACACGCGGCCAGCACCUCCCCGCUGACCUCCCAGUCGUCCUACAGCCUCUUGGGCGCGGUCGAAGGUGCCCGCGAGCGCGCCGACUACGUGAACUCAGCCUUCACGGAGGACGAGUCGCUGGCCCAGCACUGUCCAGCCGACAAGCCACCAAGGCACCCGGCCCUGGGCGAGGCAGCCGUGGCCGUUAAGCGGCCGCCCCCCUACCAGUGGGACACCGUGCUGGGGGAGGACGUGUGGGUCCCUCAGGAAAGGACAGCCCAGAGCGCAGUGCCCAACCCCCUGAAACUGUCCCCUCUGAUGGUAGGUCCGAGCCAGCACCUGGACAUGUCCCGAGUGCCCUUCGUCUCCCCCAAGGCUCCCGCCAGCCCUACUGCCACUUUCCAGCCUGGCUAUGGGAUGGGGGUGCCCUACCCGGCUGGCUACAGCACCUCCCCGCUGCCGGGGGUGCAGGCUCCCUGCUCUCCAAAAGAUGCCCUGGCCCCAGCGCAGUUUGCCCAGCCGGAGUCCUCCGUGGUUCUGCAGCCGGCCUACCCGCCCAGCCUGGCCUACUGCACCCUGCCCCCCAUGUACCCGGGAAGCAGCGCCUGCUCCAGUUUACAGCUGCCCCCCAUUGCCUUGCACCCAUGGAACUCCUACAGCGCCUGCCCACCUGUGCAGAACCCCCAAGGCACUCUUCCCCCCAAGACACACUUGGUGGUGGAGAAGCCUCUGGUGUCCCCCCCGCCCACUGACCUCCAAAGCCACCUGGGGACGGAGGUGAUGGUGGAGACCGCAGACAACUUCCAAGAAGUUCUCUCCCUGACGGAGAGCCCGGUCCCCCAGCGGACAGAGAAAUUCGGGAAGAAGAACCGAAAGCGGCUGGACAGCCGGGCAGAGGAGGGCAGUGUUCAGGCCAUCACCGAGGGCAAGGUGAAGAAGGAGGCUCGGACGCUGAGCGACUUUAAUUCCCUCAUCUCCAGCCCCCGCUUGGGGAGGGAGAAGAAGAAAGUGAAGAGUCAGAAGGACCAGCUGAAGUCGAAGAAGCUGAAUAAGACGAAUGAGUUCCAGGACAGCUCGGAGAGCGAGCCAGAGUUGUUCAUCAGCGGGGAUGAGCUGAUGAACCAGAGCCAGGGCAGCAAGAAGGGCUGGAAGAGCAAGAGGAGCCUGCGGGCUGCCAGUGAGCUGGAGGAAUUCAAGUGCAGGAAGGCCAGCGAGAAGGAGGACGGCCGGCUGGGCAGCCAGGGCUUCGUGUACGUCAUGGCCAACAAGCAGCCGCUCUGGAACGAGGCCACCCAGGUGUACCAGCUGGACUUCGGGGGGCGGGUGACCCAGGAGUCGGCAAAGAACUUCCAGAUCGAGCUGGAGGGGCGGCAGGUGAUGCAGUUUGGGAGAAUCGAUGGCAGCGCCUACAUCCUGGACUUCCAGUACCCCUUCUCUGCCGUGCAGGCCUUUGCGGUCGCCCUGGCCAACGUGACUCAGCGCCUCAAGUGA